UUUAUUUACCUUUACAAUACGACAAUAAUGUCACUUGUCAAUUGUCAUAUGUAAAAAACAAAAGGGUUGAGUAAAAGAAAAGAAAGAUGUCCAACGGCGAAUACCGAAGUGUAGUUAGAAUAUUAUUAAGGAAUUUCAUCAAUUCUUUUAAACCGCGACAGCUUCGGGGAAAUCCAAUGGGCGAGGAUUAUAUUGGUAAUAAAUAUUACGAAAUUCCUGCUGAUCCAAGCAGUGGGAAACGGAAGCCAUCCCGCUGGUAUGAUCCACCCAAAAAUCUCGAUUUUCAGGACCCAAUACCUGCUGAAUGGGAGGCUUGGCUUAGAUUAAGAAGAACGGAGCCACCAACUGAAGAAGAGAUAGCAAAAAAUUUGGCUAUAGCAGAAAUGAAGAAGGUUAAUGCUGCAAAAUUAGAGGCUGAAAGAUUAUUAGAGCAGGGUUCUCUACCAUCACAAGUGGAGCGAGGUCCCCAGCCAUUCCCUAAGUACCCAGAAUUCCAUGGAGGCGACCCUGAAAAUAAAUAUAAAGUAUAGAGAAACAGUUUAGUUUGUUAAUUUGUGUAAAUAAAUUAGGAUUUAUUAUUAUUAGUAGAAAGUUAUGAAAAUUUUAUUUAAAUAAAUAUUGAAUUUAAUGAAACUUU